ACUCAGUUCAUUGGAUUCAGUACCAUUUGCAGUUUCAAGAGCACAGGUGUUAGAUGCAAGUUCUUGAAAAAGCCGGAGGAUGAAAGUUUUCUUGGGAUAUUUCCUUUUCUUACUGCUGGUUCUAUCGCCUUCAUUAGUGCAAGGUCAAGGUCAUGUUUUGGAUAAACCCGUAACGGAGAAAUGCCUCACUUGCAUUUGCGAGGCAUUGAGUGGCUGCAAUGCCACGGCGAUUUGCACCAGUCCGGAGAAGGGCACCUGCGGCAUUUUUCGCAUCACCUGGGCCUAUUGGGUGGAUGCGGGAAAACUGACUGUCAACGGAGAGCUUCCCGACUCGGAGAAGGCCUUCAUCAACUGUGCCAAUGAUCCGCACUGUGCCGCCGACUUGGUGCAGAACUACAUGAAGAAGUUCAACCAGGACUGCAAUGAGGAUGGCGAGAUGGAUUGCCAUGACUAUGCCCGAAUCCACAAAUUGGGGGCCUAUGGUUGUCAAGGGGACAUGCCCUAUACUUUCCAGAGCGUGUUCGAGGAGUGCAUCGAGAAGUUCGAGGAUGAGGGCUUGGAGUGAUUAAAUACACAUUAUUUUCAAGUUAUGUUUUAUAACCUUACACGUUCCAACCAAAAAAAAUGAUUAUGCCAAUAAAGUAACCUUUUUUAUGGUAAA